CGGCAAGGCUAUCGCCGCCGACUUGCUGGCGCUAGGUUGCAAUGUUGUUAUUGCCUCUCGUAAAUUUGACCGAUUAAAAGCUGCUGCAGAAGAACUGAAUAAGUCGUUUGCUUCCGUGAGUGCCAAAGUGACUCCCAUACAGUGCAAUAUCCGCAACGAAGAUGAGGUAGAAGCUUUGGUGAAGUCUACGCUGAGUCUGCAUGGGAAGAUUGACUUCCUGGUGAAUAAUGGAGGGGGCCAAUUCGCAAGUCCUUCUGAAGCCAUCCGUGCAAAAGGCUGGAAUGCUGUGAUAGACACGAAUCUGACAGGGACCUUCUACUGCUGCAAAGCAGUGUACAAUGCCUGGAUGCAGGAACAUGGAGGAGUCAUUGUCAACAUUACUGCUGCCGUGAGAAAUGGGUUUCCCGGAAUGUCGCACACAGGAGCUGCAAGAGCUGCAGUCAAUAAUCUAACCAAGACUUUAGCUUUAGAAUGGGCCCACAGCGGUGUCAGAAUUAACAGCGUUGCUCCUGGACUAAUAUUUUCCGAAACUGCUGUUGCAAACUAUGGAGAACAAGGUAUAAUGUUGUGGUUAAAGAGCAUACCAAAGAUUCCUGCCAAGAGGUCAGGGGUUCCUGAGGAGAUCUCCCCUGUGGUGUGUUUUCUACUAUCUCCAGCUGCUUCUUUCAUAACUGGGAUAACCAUGGUCGUGGAUGGUGGCCAAAGUUUAUACAGCCAUGCCCUAGAAAUACCUGAUCAUGACAGAUGGCCCUCACCACCAGAAGGAAAAAAUUCUGAAAUGCUUCAAAAGCUUCUUUCUGGCAAGUUCAAGCCAAAGCUGUAAAGGAAUAAGGUUUCACCUUAUUCCCAGUUGCAUGCUUGCUGAUAAUUUCGCUUUGUGAUUUGAGCUUACCAUUUUAAAUAAUACAAUUUUUUUGCUUAUAUGUAACUACCUUGAGUGCCUUGAUUUUAUGUUGGUUUAUACUUGAAAAGCUGUAUAGAGUAAAUUUCUUCUCUGAAAACAUUCACUGCUCUGAAAACGUUCGGUCUCUUGGGAAGGGAAUGUAUAAAAGACAAAUUCUCCAUUUGUAUGGGCGUUAAGUAAUGAAGAAUUUUAGAAGUGAAUAAAAAGAUACUUAUUUUGAAGUGAAGAGGGGACAGAGGGAAUGUUGUGAAAUCCUUCUAUUCUGGAUGAAUUUGGGGAGAAGGUAGUUUAAAUCUCCAUUGUUACUAUUUGUUACACCAGUAAUCCUUGAGGUAGCUUUUAGCUGUAUACUAUUUCUGUUCAGCCACGCACUGGGUGUUCAACAAUGAUUGUAAAGACUGAGUAGGUAUUUCUCUGAAAAGAAUUAAAAAUAAGGCAGAAUACUGUUAUUAAUGUUUGAAACUAAUGGUGCAUAUCAUAUCAGGAAUGUUGUAAGUUGUUUGCAGCUAUAGCUACAUAAUGGAGUUAAGCUGGCUGCAACUUAAAUUUUAUAAUAAAAUAAUCAGAUAAUAAGCUUUUACAUACUGUGAUGAAAAACGAUAUAGAUUCAACAAUUCAAUAUGUAUAAUCUUGAAGCAACAGCUGUGUUGUAUAUUGCAGUGCUUUUUGCAGUAUGCUGUAUUGUUCAAGGAGAAACUUGGAAUCCUUCAUUUACCAGUUAAAACACCUUCUGUCCAUACUGUGUUGUCUUAUAAUGUUAACACAAUUUUCUUCAUCAGUGUCUCUAAAAUGGGCUUGAUUUUUGUCAUCAGCACAGAGGUUCCAUUUAAAAAACAGAAGUCUUGCAAUAUAUCACUCGAAGAGGCUGUCUUUGUUGUUACUCACUUUAUUCACUUUAAGGCAAGGUGCUCCUAUGUCUGAUAGUUUUUAUAUUUUGAUUAAAGUUAAGUAAUGACUAUGUUCACUGUAACAACUGAAAUUUGUGGAAUCAAAUUGCUGCUAUAGAAUCAACCUUAUUAAUAUUUCAUUUUGGAUUGAA